AUGGACGUUGUUGAGCCGCCGUCUAUCACACGGCCGAGGUUUCAGUACACACUCUUGGAAGAAUAUCCUCUGCCGUUGCCAGCAGCAGAUGAAGACGAUCCCCUGGAUGUUUUGAGGACUAGCGUCUUCCGUUGGGCCAAAGACAGGGGUCGAAAACUUGGCGAUUUCCGAUCGCCCCAAUGGACGUCCAAAGGCUAUGUCUUGGUUGGGAAGUGUGUAAAGCACACCGAUUGCCAUGCAGGCAAGGGCCGUCACUUUAAGUUCCAUGGUGGCCAUGCAGAGAAUCUGCGAACCUACAUUCUUUCGGUUUGGACCAGUGGCAGAUGCUCGGGAGAAGAGCGUGUGCUACGUCCAACAGUGGCUUGUGGUACUGGUCCGACUCACCAGGACCGCGAGGAUGUUCUGCAGAUUGCCGACCAGUUGCUAGCACGCAACGUGCCCUGCACCCCUACCAACGUGGCGGCCCAGCUGAAACGCUUGAUUGAGCCAAAGCACAUCGCUGCCAUCUUGAGACAGCGAAGGCGACAGUUUGGGGCGAACACGUCGGAGUGGCAAGCCAACAUUCCUGAGUUCGAGGCUUGGGCUGUUGCAAGCAGCAAUGACUACGAAGCUGAUCUUCGUGUUGCGCGAUAUGAAAUCCGCCCAGAGGUGCGGUGGGUCCUGCUGGUGCGUCCGUUUUUGGGAGAAGCUAGAGGAACUUCUUCCAGAACCCCUGCUGGAUGUGGCGACCUGGUGGCGAAGGUCUUUCUGGCCACUUAUCCUGGCCAUGUGGCCGGGCAACGAAGACAACGAGGCAGCGAUCCGUUUCCAAGCAGGCGCAACCACAACAGCGGCACUGCGCAGGCUCGCGGUGUGCAACGGAGACGGCGAAGCAGGGCUGCUCGGGGACGUGGACAAGGGGGCGGCGGGCGACGGCGUGGUGUGGCGGCUGAGCAGCCGCUCCCCAUUGAGCAGGGCCCAGAACGUGCCAUUCCGCCUCACCUGACUUCGCGCCCCAUUGGCGUUUUCCUCCGCAUUGUCUCCGAGAGCAUGUUUGUACCGACCAUGCUCUCCUUUCACCUCUUUUGGAAGGUCACGCGAAGGAGAAUGGAGCACUGGCCAGACCCGCAGUUUGCGAAUUACUUCUUUCAACGCUACAUCAAGGAGGAGCUGUUCCAGGAACAGCCGCUGUACACAGCAUCGUGGCAUUGCGGUGUGGCAGGGAGAUCCUUGCCAGGACUUCCUGCGUCGCAACAGACGGCGGAGCAAGCCUGGCGCUGCCUUUUGGCACCUCGGGAAGUCCGCACCCACAUGGACCUCAUCCAGGCGCUCAGGCGAACUUUGCGGAUUUGGUCCCAGCCACUGACGGCGGAGCUUGCCAAGUGCGACAAGGGUGUGAGGACUUUGAUGGCAACUCGUGGCGGGCUUCAUUUGCAACGACCACAGACGCCGGACCCUUGGAUGUUGGCUGACGGUCAAACGAUUCGACGCCCGGGAGGGUUGCAGACCUACUUUCCCAGCAUUCACACCAUUGUUGCCAACAGCAAACGUUUGGACAUGGCCAACAAGACGUUUUUGUGCAUGGCGGUGGGCAAGCCAGUGGCAGUGCCUCAUCCGCGCAAGUUGUAUGACCUCCUGGGUCAAGAGACUGAGGCGCAGCUGUUGCAAAAGUGGCAGGCCGAGGGCUUUGUUUUGGAGGCCGCGGGCGAGCCCCCCCGCAUGAGUCUCCAAGCCCUGCGCCAGGCAGAGCUCGACAAGCUCACUGUCGCGAAGUUGAAGGAACGCCUCAGCAAGCUUGGCAAGAGGAAGAAGGGUGAAAGCAAGGUGAGCGUGAAGGACAGGAGCGUUCCUAAGGCUUGGAAGAACGUGGAGCUCUGCGUUCCGAAGCAGCCGUUUGAGCGCUUGUGCAAAGAGGUCUUUGAGGAGGCGUUCCAGAGACACUUCAGCGGUCUUGCCUCUGACGGAAAGACAGUUCUGCUCAAAGAUGUCGAAGACAGUGCUCCAACCCGGAUGCAUGUGAGCAAGUCCGCGAUUGCAGUCCUCCACACAGCAUUCGAAGAGUAUGGUUCGUGCUUGUUCACAGAUGCUUCGACCUUUGCGACCCAUGCCAACAGGACUGGCGUGGGCCUGUCCGACUUGCGGCUUGUGACGGGGUUGAGGUCUGGGCUGCUGCAGCGGAAUCGGGAAGAGGCAGAAGCACUUAGGCAGAACAGAACGAUAGCCUGGCUGAGAAAGUUUACGCUUCCGCCGAGCGUGAGUGGGGCAGCGGGUCUCGCAGUGAAGCCAGUCGGCUGCAGAGAGAUGUUCUCGAUUUUUUCCUGUGCCCCCAAGCACACCUCAUUUGCUCUUUGGGACAACUUUGGGGGUUGGGGGCUCUGCGACCUCAUAAUCUCCAGAAUUGAUGUCCUUUGA